CCCGGCCUCAGCCUUUCCGAGAUGCCCCUUGGCACUGUCAUCGGCAUUUCCUUCGGUAUCGCUCUCGUGGUCUUCCUCUGGUGCAACUUUUUCCUCAAGGUCUACCUGCGCAGAAAGCUCGAAGGCGAGGAACCUCUCCGUUGGUACCACUCCUUCUAUGUCCGCUUCGUUUCGACUCGCGCCAAGGCCUCCGAGAAUCUCGAGGAGAUUUCUUCCAGUGUCCAGAAGGAGGACAAAACCGUUGGCGGUGAGAUCGAGGAGGGCGACGGCACUGUGAAUAGCAGCCUGGCUGCCCUGGACGAUCCCGAACCCAAGUCUCUGUCCAUGUUCCAGAAGUUGAAGAAGAAGGCUUUCCAUGGCCUGAACCAGGACAUCACCACGAAGACCGAGGACGUCGAGAACUUACACGACAAGUCUACCCGCUACGACAGCAAGACCGAGCAACUCUUCUGCACGCUUCAGAUCUUGACCGCCUGCUUUGCCUCCUUUGCCCACGGUUCCAACGACGUUGCUAAUGCCAUCGGCCCUCUGACCACUAUCUAUUACAUCUGGCAGCACGGUAUGGUUGAUGUCACUGGCCAGUCCCCUGUGCCUGUCUGGAUCCUCGCUUACGGAGGUAUCGCCAUCGAUAUUGGUCUGUUGACAUAUGGCUACAAGGUCAUGGCCACGCUCGGUAACAACAUCUGCUACGUCUCGCCCAGUAGAGGAUUCUCUCUUUCACUCGGCACCAGUUUGACCGUUUUGACCUGCUCCAAGCUCGGUAUGCCCAUCUCCACAACGCACUGCAUCACCGGCGCCACCACCGCGGCCGGUCUCUGCAGCGGAGGAGGUGUCAAGUCCAUUAACUGGAAGAUUCUUGGCCUCAUUGCUUCGUCUUGGAUCCUUACCUUGCCUGCUGCCGGUGUGGUCUCCGGGGCUAUUUUCGCGUUGAUUAUCAACUCUCCUCACAAGCUUUAGACUACACUAUUGUAACAUAUGCUAAACACAUAGACUUUAUC